CUCCGACGUUCAGCCUCCCUCCUUUGAUCCGCUUUUGAAAUCGUUUGAUCGCCGCAACUCUCCUUCCCUCUUCUCUGCAAAAAUGGCGGUGAUGGGGGUCCAGUUGGUGGUCUCCUUGCUCAUGGCCAGCAUCAUGCAAAAGAUGGCGCCGCACUUCUCCUUCGCACGGUGGAUCCUUUGCAAUGGAAGGUUGUACCGCUACAGGCAUCCGUCCGAAGAAGAGUUAUUUGCCCUGGCGGGCAAGCAGAAGCCGAAGGGCAGGCGGGAACGGAGGCUCAAUGGUGUGACAGAUGACAAGCCAUCGUCUGUGCCCCGGGAUAUUGAUUUGCAACUGGAGAGCAGCCCCAUCACAGCAGUGGAUGGCCUGGUCCUGCGCUACUUCCUGGAGUAUCAGUGGUACGUGGAUUUUGCCGUGUAUUCCACCUCCGUGUACCUCUUCACUGAAGGCUACUACUGUCUGGUAGAUCCCCGGAAAGAAGCCAACAUCGGCAUACUGUGGUGCCUGCUUACAGUCUUCUUCUCCGUAAAAAUCUUUUUCAUGGUGAUGUGCCACUAUUUCAGAUCCGAGGAGGGGGGCGAGCGCUCCGUUUGCCUGUCCUUCGCAUUGUUCUUCCUUCUGAUCGCCAUGGUGGUCCUCGUAAUCCGGGACGAUUACUUGGAGUUUGGCCUCGACGCAGGCCUGACCAACGUUUACGACAACCUGGAAGUGUUCUUGAAGGAGCAGGCUUGGGACUGGACGAUCCCGGUGACCAAGCUGAGUCUCAAGCUAGCCCUGGUGGCCCUCUGCUCCUUCAUCGGCGCCUGCCUGACCUUCCCGGGGCUGCGGCUGGCUCAGACUCACCUGGACGCUCUCAAGGCGGCAGCCGACCGACCGUUGAUCCAGCUGCUGCUCCACAUCAGUUUCCUUGCACCUGUGAUCACCGUCCUCCUGUGGGUCAAACCGAUUUCCCGGGAUCUCCUCUUGCACGCCCCCAUGGGCAAGGAAACGCGCCAAAUGUAAGGGAUUUUUUUAAAAAAACACAUUUCUCUUUGGUUCUGAGAAGCUCUGCAGACGGUCUCCUUUUCUACCCUCCCAUCUUUAGCCAACCGUUUCUGCAACUUCCGCCGGCGGAAGCGCCAGAUGAAGCGGGAAGCAGGCCGGAUCAGCGUGUUGGAGAUCCAGCAAAGGAUCACCAGAAUCUACUGUUAUGCAACAGUGGUCAGCCUGCAAUACCUGGGCCCCAUCAUCCUCACCCUGCACUGUACGCUGCUCCUCAAAACUCUAGGCGAAUAUUCCUGGGGCCUUUACCCCGAGCCCGCUCCGACGUCGCCAGCCGUGGACGCCGCCCCUGUUCUCCGAGCUGGGCUCUCGACGGACGCCGGCGGGGAGGACAUCCAGGCCACCGUGGAGCAGAUCACAGGGGCGCUGGGGGCGCUGGGCACCGUCUUCACACCUCUCUUCUACCGCGGGCUCCUCUCGUUCCUCACCUGGUGGGUAGCCGCCUGCCAGAUCGUCGCCAGCCUCUUUGGCCUCUAUUUCCAUCAAUACCUGGCUGCCUCCUAACUCGGCCGGGCGCGGAGCUGGACUUCCGCGGACCCCC